AUGGCCGGAACAUUUCGUCCCGUCAACACGCCUCUGUCGCCCUCGGCCGACUCGCCAAUGAUGGACUCGACGACAACAACAAUAACGUCACCAACUACCCCCAGACCUAGCACUGCCCCGAGUCAGUCGUCAUCGUCCCAACGUUUGGACGACAACAAUAACAACAACAACAACAACAACCCCGCGACGACGACACCCACCCGCACACCCAACUUUGGUGCCGGCGCAUUGGCCUCGCAACAGCCGCUUCCCAACUCGCCCUUUCCCGACUCCGUUCAGCUCCCCGAUAUUACCGAUCGUAGCAGCAGCAUGCCCAGGCGAGAGAAUUCGCAGCACUCACGCAAGUCCAAGGACUCUGACGAGAUGGAUAUGGAUGACUCGGAGGGCGAAGACGGUCACGCAUCCGACGACGAGGAGAUCAACGCAGAUGGCACAAAGUCCAAGAAGAAGAAGUCGCAGAGGUUCUAUUGCACAGAUUACCCGCCAUGUAACCUCAGUUUCACCAGAAGUGAACACCUGGCACGGCACAUAAGGAAACACACUGGUGAGAGGCCGUUCCAGUGCCACUGCGGUCGCCGCUUCUCCCGCCUCGAUAACCUCAGGCAGCAUGCCCAAACUGUGCACGUCAACGAAGAGAUUCCAGGGGACUCGCUCGCCGCCACCGGGACAAGAUUUCAGAGGCAGAUCAGGACAGACAGGGUGCGCCAAGCCGGUGGCAGGGCAAGGGCGGCUACCGCGGGUAGCGUUAUGCCCGUCGUGCGUGGUCAUUCCAAGUCCAUGUCCACGUCAAGCAUUCCCAACAUCAGCCAGCUGGGUGCUCCCUAUGGUGCCAGCGAUGCCCGCCGCCGCCCGCCGCCAUUGGUCAUGGCCGCCGACCCUCGCACGAGGGUGUCGAUGGAAUACCAUGGUCCCGAUGGUGCCUACCAUCGCGGUGCUUCACCGAGCGACUUUGGCACGCCCACCUGCCACCUUCUCGAACGGACAAAACAGCCCCCGAUGGGUGCCCAGACACCUGGCCGUCGUCUGAGCGUGCCUUCGGGCGGCAACCCGUUUCAGUCACCGCACGGCACCAAUGUCCGGGGUCCCCUCUUUGGCCCUCCCGGCAUCAACACAUCCAACAACGGUGCUUAUUCGCCAGGCCAGACCACACUGCUAGCAUCGCCCACAGUGUCGAACGCGAGCGGCUGGUCGAGGCGGGAUUCUGUAUCGAGCGUGGCCGAUGAUGCCUGGCGUCGGCGCACCUGGCAUCCGGAGAGCCGUGAAUUCAACAAUGGCAUCAGCCGGUUGCGUGAAGUCAUCACGCCUUCGCAAUUUGCUAAUGCCCCUCCCCCCAUUGCUAACCCAGACAACCAAUCGCCACAGCCCUUCCGCUUGCCUGGUAUCGAGUCCUUCGAUGAGCCCCAUAGGCCGCUGUCGCCUCCCCGGCGUUUGCCGUCUCCGAUGAUGGUUGAUGCUCACCAGGCUGCUCAGCACCAACCCCCUCAUCCGAAUGAGAUGGGCUUCAACCGCCCCCGCGAACUGUCGGCCCAAUGGGAUACGAACCUCCACCGCGGCUUGACGGGGCUGAAUAUUAACAGGAAAACUCCGCCCCGCGAUGGCGCUUCGGCAUGGGCUAACGAGGUCAACCAUGCUGUCAUGUCACAGGCAGAUCGGGUCCGGGUUCCCCAGGGUGGUCCAGUUCAGCAGACGGUGCGGUUCGAUACCGAAGUGCAGACCGUUCCUGCCCCGCUAUCCCACCAGCAGCAACAUCAACAGUCGAGUGGGCCACCACCACCGCCGUACGGAAGGGGUCACCACCACACCAUGUCGGCUCCUUCGAUUCCUUCGCAGAGAGAUUCUAAGAGACACGGGUGGUAUCAUGGGCCGAAUGGGCCGGCCGGAGAGACGAUUCACGAAGGACGGGCGCAUGUGGACAGGAUCCAGCAUCCGAGUUUGGCGGCGUUUCAGGGGUUUCCUGCUAGGGAGCGGGAGCAGCCACCGCAGCAGCAGCAAGGGCCGCCUCUACAGCAUCAUCAUCAGGGAUAUCAGCAGCAGCAGCAGCAUCCACAACAACAUCAGCAUCAGCACCAGGGACCACCAGUAGGACACCAGCAACAGCAAGGAGUACCAUCAACAAUGGAGAGGAUUUUGGAGAGGCCGCAUCCACAGGCACACGGGCACCAAGUGCAUGCUCAUCCUCAUCAACAUCAGCAUCAGCACGGGCCUCCAGCUGGCGGGGACACCGCAUCGCUUAGGAGGCUGGAGGCGUUGGUGGCUGUGGCUGUGGGUUCGAGCGAGGGGACUACCGCUGCUGCUUAUUAG